AUGGACACGAAAGACGAAAAGUCGCCGCCGAGCGACACGGAGCAACCCGUAUCGAAAACGGCAUCAACACAAAUGGGCACCCUCAGCGCGGUCGAGGACGCGGCGCUGACCCGCAAGAUCGACCGGCGCAUCGUGCCGCUGAUGUUCGCGGCCUACUUCUUCCAGUUCCUCGACAAGGUGCUGAUCAACUACGCCAACAUCAUGGGGCUGCAGAAGGAUUUGGGUUUGCACGGACAGCAGUUCAGCUGGAUGGCGACGGCGUUUUUCAUAGGCUACACCGUGUCCGAGUUCCCGCAGGCCUGGCUGCUGCAGCGGUUCAACGUGGCCACGGUGCUGGGCGUCAAUAUUCUGUUAUGGGGCGUGACCAUCUGCUGCACGGCGGCGACGACGAACUUCGCCGGAGUGACCGCCGUGCGCACGCUGCUCGGCUGCUUCGAGGCCGUCAUCACGCCGGCGCUCAUCCUCAUCACGAGCCAGUGGUACACGAAACGCGAAAGCACGCCGAGGUACGGCAUAUGGUACUGCGGGCUCGGCGCGGGCCAGAUCGUCGGCGGGCUGAUCUCGUUCGCCGCGCAGCACGGGUCCAAGACGGCCUCGUUCGGCGGGUGGCGCAUCAUGUUCGUCGCCGUCGGCGCCUCCAACCUCCUCGUCGCCGCGCUGAUCCUGCUGUUCCUGCCCGAGGCGCCCGACGCGGCCUCCUGGCUGACGCCCGCCGAGAAGGUCCACAUCCACGCGCGCCUGGCGCUCGACCAGGCCGGCGCGGGGCGCAAGGUGUUCCGCCGCGAGGCGAUCAUGGAGACCCUGUGCGAUGCGCACGUGUGGGUGCUGUUCGUGCUGACGGUGCUGAUCGUGAUACCCUCGGGCGUCGUGACGACCUUCAGCGCGACGCUGAUCGCGGGCUUCGGGUACGACCCCAAGACGGCGGCCUUGCUCAACAUGCCGUCGGGCGUGGUAUCGAUCCUCGCGACGCUGGGCUGCACCUACGCGAUCCUGGUCGACUUCCCGCGCUGGCUCGGCAUCGUCGCGCUGAUGGUGCCGACGCUGCUGGGCGCGGGGCUCAUGUCGUUCUACCGCGGCAGCCAGGGCGGCGUGCUGGCGGGCAUCUACCUGAUCAACUUCGUGGUGGCGCCGCUGGCGCUCGUGUUCGCGCUCGUCGGGUCCAACGUCCAGGGGUACACCAAGAAGAUCGCCGUCAACGCCGUCGUGGCCAUCGGGUUCGGGGUCGCCAACAUCAUCGGGCCCCAGACGUUCCUGAGCCGCGAGGCGCCCACGUAUAUCAGCGCUAAGAUCACCAUUUUUGCCGUCAACGGCGCCGCCAUGGUCAUGGCCGUCGUGCUGAGGCUGCUGUACGGCUGGCGGAACCGGCAGAGCGUCCGCGCAAGGGAGGCGGAGCUCGAGGCUGUUAGGACGGGGCAGAUGACUGUCGAGGCGCUGGAGGAUCAGGAGGCCGAGGAGACGGAUCGGCAGAAUAGGGCGUUUGUGUAUGUUUAUUAG